AUGGCGGCCGAGGCGAAGCUUUUCGGCCGCUGGUCGUACGAUGACGUCAACGUCAGCGACCUGUCUCUGGUGGACUACAUCGCGGUCAAGGACAAGGCAUGCGUCUUCGUGCCUCACACUGCUGGCCGCUACCAGAAGAAGCGCUUCCGCAAGGCUCUCUGCCCCAUCGUCGAGCGGCUCGUCAACUCCAUGAUGAUGCAUGGCCGCAACAACGGAAAGAAGACCCUCUGCGUGCGCAUCGUCCGCCACGCCUUCGAGAUCAUCCACUUGAUGACCGACAAGAACCCGAUCCAGGUCUUUGUCAACGCCGUCGAGAACGGAGGUCCCCGCGAAGACAGCACCCGUAUCGGCUCGGCUGGUGUGGUCAGACGCCAGGCCGUUGAUGUUUCUCCUCUCCGCAGAGUCAACCAGGCUAUCUAUCUCAUCUGCGCUGGCGCGAGACUGGCGGCGUUCCGCAACAUCAAGACGAUCGCUGAGUGCCUGGCGGACGAGAUCAUGAACUGCGCGAAGGAGUCGUCCAACUCGUACGCGAUCAAGAAGAAGGACGAAAUCGAGCGCGUUGCCAAGGCUAACCGAUAA